AUGGAUCAGAAUCAAACGGUCGGAAUGGACAUGGACCAGUUCUGCGGUACCAAGUUCUGGGAUGCUAAUCUAACAUGGUACACGAAUAACCCAGAUCUAACAGAAUGCUUUCAAAAGACGAUAUUAGUAUGGGUACCGUGCAUAUUUUUAUGGACGUUCUCAGCGAUGGAAGCAUAUUACCUUUUAAAUAGCAAAAGAAGAAACGUCCCGUACACGUGGUUAUUUAUUUCUAAGCAAGUACUUACUGUAGGAUUAAUUUUACUUUCCAUAGUUGACUUAGGAGUGGCGAUACAUGAAAGUACUUUUCGUACGGUCUACAAUGUUGAUUAUUACACACCUAUAGUAAAAAUUGUUAGCUUUAUGUUAGCAUCGGCUUUGAUGCAAUAUAAUAGAAAACAUGGAAUGCGGACGUCAGGUCUUUUAUUCUUGUUUUGGUUUUUCCUUGCGAUAUGUGGAUGCGUCCAAUACAGAAGCUUUGUAAACAAAUUCAUUAAAGGGGCAGAGCCGACAUACCCACUGGUGUCUUACAUGAUCUACUAUCCAAUAGUAGUGAUAUUAUUUGUACUUAAUUUUCUGGUCGAUGCAGAGCCUAAAUUUUCUGAAUAUCCUACGGUUGAAUCGCCAUGUCCAGAACAAAGCUCUUCUUUUCCUUCAAGAAUUAUGUUCGCGUGGUUUGAUUCGUUAGCAUGGAAAGGUUUCCGAAAACCACUCGAGACGUCCGAUCUGUGGUCUAUGAAUCCAGAGGAUAUGGCCACGGAGAUUGUGCCAAAAUUUGACAAAUAUUGGAAUAAGAACUUGAGAAAGACAGACGAAGUAGAAAGUGUAAAAGUGUCAUACCGACAAACGUCUGGACAAGUGGACUUUAACGGUAGUCGGAAAAAGAAAGUCGCCUCCAUCUUACCGCCUAUCUGCAAAGCUUUCGGAGCAACAUUCAUGUUUGGUGCAUUUCUAAAACUGAUUCAAGAUAUUAUGACUUUUAUUAGUCCACAAAUAUUAAAGCUUCUGAUUGAUUUUAUCGAAGGAGAUGAGCCAAUGUGGAAAGGAUACUUUUAUUCUGUCCUGCUUUUACUUACGGCAAUGCUUCAGACACUAGUACUGUCCCAAUAUUUUCACCGCAUGUUCUUGGUCGGGCUGCGUAUACGAACCGCGCUAAUCGCAGCAAUUUAUCGUAAAGCAUUGAGAAUGUCGAACGCGGCGAGGAAAGAGUCCACACUCGGCGAGAUAGUGAAUCUAAUGUCCGUAGACGCUCAAAGAUUUAUGGAUCUAACUGCGUACAUAAACAUGAUCUGGUCAGCACCUCUGCAAAUAGUUCUAGCUUUAUAUUUUCUCUGGAACAUACUGGGGCCGGCUGUAUUGGCAGGUUUAGCAGUUAUGAUCAUUCUUAUUCCUGUGAACGCAUUAAUUGCCAACAAAGUGAAGACGUUACAAAUCAGACAGAUGAAGAGCAAGGACGAGAGAGUAAAAUUAAUGAACGAAGUACUUAACGGUAUCAAAGUGUUGAAGCUCUAUGCGUGGGAACCUUCAUUCGAGCAGCAGAUACUUAAAAUCAGAGUCAAAGAGAUUCAAGUAUUAAAAGAAGCGGCAUAUCUUAACGCUGGCACGAGCUUUAUAUGGUCGUGUGCGCCCUUUUUGGUAUCUUUGGUAUCUUUUACAACUUACGUACUUAUAGACGAAAAGAACGUCCUAAAUAGUACAAUUGCCUUUGUUUCACUCAGUUUGUUUAACAUCCUAAGAUUUCCACUGUCUAUGCUGCCUAUGAUGAUUACUAAUAUAGUUCAAGCUUACGUCUCUGUAAAACGAAUUAAUAAAUUUAUGAACAUGGAAGAACUGGAUCCUAACAAUGUACAGCAUGAUCCAUCGGAACCGCACGCGUUAGUAAUUGAGAACGGUACUUUUUGUUGGGAUAGCGAAGAAAUCGAGAGACCAAUACUACGAAAUAUCAAUUUGCAUGUAGAACAAGGUCAAUUAGUAGCAAUAGUUGGUACAGUGGGAUCAGGCAAGAGUUCUCUUCUAUCCGCUCUGCUUGGUGAGAUGGAUAAAAUAAGCGGGAAAGUAAAUACAAAAGGGUCAAUUGCAUAUGUCUCGCAACAAGCGUGGAUACAAAAUGCCACGUUGCAGGACAACGUUUUGUUCGGAAAGGCCUUGAACAAAUCAGUAUAUAAUUGUGUGAUUGAAGCGUGUGCGUUAACUCCGGACUUUAAGAUGCUACCCGCGGGAGAUCAAACAGAGAUUGGGGAGAAAGGCAUAAAUUUAUCCGGCGGUCAAAAGCAAAGAGUAGCCUUAGCUAGAGCUGUAUAUAACGAUUCCGAAAAUUAUUUCUUAGAUGAUCCUCUGAGCGCGGUGGAUUCGCACGUAGGAAAACACAUUUUUGAGAAAGUGUUAGGUCCGAAUGGCCUGUUGAAAAAUAAAAGUAGAGUACUUGUUACUCAUAGCAUCACGUACCUGCCGGAGGUCGACAACAUUAUUGUUCUUAAAGACGGCGAGAUAACGGAGAGUGGAACCUAUAAACAAUUGCUGGAGAAGAAAGGUGCUUUCGCCGAAUUCUUAGUGCAACACUUACAAGAAGUGCACGUUGAUGACGGUUCUGAAGCAGAUUUACGUGAAAUUAAACAGCAACUUGAAUCAACAAUGGGAGCAGACGAGUUGCAACAAAAAUUAACUCGAGUACGGUCUAGAAUAUCUGAGAGUCUAAGUGAAUCCGGUUCUGUGACCGAUAAAAAAUCACUCAAUGGUUCUCUUACAAGGCAAUACUCGACAGAAAGUCAACAGUCAGCAAAUUACAUGCAUAGCAAUAGUGUUAAUGUAUCAAAGGAGAAAGAUACACCAAAGCCUAACAACGUCGGCGAGAAACUGACAGAAAUCGAGAAGGCUGAAACUGGAAGCGUAAAAUGGAAAGUGUACUCUCACUACUUGAAAUCCAUUGGAUGGUUCCUAUCGAUAUCGACAAUCGUGAUGAACGCGGUCUUUCAAUCGUUCAGCAUCGGCUCGAGCGUUUGGCUCAGUAUAUGGUCGAACGAUAAUCAGACCGUUGGGAACCACACGUUCGAUACGGCAAAGCGAGACAUGUAUCUCGGCGUUUACGGUGCGCUCGGUUUUGGUCAAGCCACUUUUGUAAUGCUGUCGCAGACAGCGUUGAUUAUCGGCUGCCUACGGAGCAGUAAACUACUGCAUUCCGAGUUAUUAUUCACCAUGCUACGAUCACCUUUAGGAUUCUUUGACACUACGCCGUCCGGCAGAAUAUUAAACCGUUUUGGGAAGGAUAUUGACACAAUAGACAACAUUUUACCUCCAAGUAUUAGGGCUUGGUUGUUUUGUCUAGCAUCGGUGAUAGCCACUCUCUUUGUUAUAAGCUACAGUACACCUAUAUUUGUCGCGGUGAUACUGCCAAUAGGCGCGAUUUAUUAUUUUAUUCAACGUUUUUACGUUGCAACAUCGCGUCAAUUAAAACGAUUAGAAUCCGUGUCGAGAUCUCCUAUAUAUUCGCAUUUUAGUGAAUCUGUGACUGGUGCGCAAAUAAUUAGAGCGUACGGCGUGCAAGAACAAUUUAUCCAUGAAUCUGAAAAUAGAGUAGAUUUUAAUCAAGUGUGUUACUUUCCUAGCAUUAUUGCAAACAGAUGGCUGGCCGUGAGAUUGGAGAUGGUUGGAAACUUAAUUAUAUUCUUCGCAGCUUUGUUCGCUGUUUUAGGUAGAGAUACCAUGAGUUCAGGUCUCGUUGGUCUAUCGGUCAGCUAUGCCUUACAAAUCACCCAGACCUUAAAUUGGCUGGUGCGCAUGACGUCUGACGUCGAGACUAACAUCGUCGCGGUAGAGAGAAUAAAGGAGUAUAGCGAAACCGCGCAAGAAGCACCGUGGAAGAACACUGAAUUUACGCCUUCGAAAGAGUGGCCUAAACACGGUCGCGUUGACUUCAAGGACUUCAAAGUUCGCUAUAGGGAGGGAUUGGAACUCGUGCUGAAUGGUUUGACGUUCAGCGUUCUCGGCGGCGAGAAGAUCGGCAUAGUAGGCAGAACCGGUGCCGGAAAGUCGUCCAUGACAUUGGCGCUUUUCAGAAUAAUUGAGGCAGCACAGGGGAAGAUUUUGAUCGAUGAUAUCGAUAUUUCCAAGCUGGGUCUUCACGACCUGCGCUCGAGAUUGACCAUCAUUCCUCAGGAUCCCGUAUUAUUCUCCGGAACACUAAGGAUGAAUCUGGAUCCUUUUGAUUGCUACAACGACGAGGAAGUUUGGAAGGCGUUGGAGCACGCUCAUCUGAAAUUAUUUGUAGAAAAUUUGCCACACAGUCUUUUACACGAGGUUACUGAAGGCGGAGAGAAUUUAAGCGUAGGACAACGACAAUUGAUCUGUUUAGCAAGAGCAUUACUUAGGAAAACGAAAGUUCUUAUAUUGGAUGAAGCAACAGCUGCAGUUGAUUUAGAAACGGACGAUUUAAUUCAGACUACCAUUCGCCAAGAAUUUAAGAAUUGUACAGUUCUCACAAUAGCCCACAGGCUCAACACUAUUUUAGAUUCUGACAGGGUAAUCGUAUUGGACAAAGGUCUGAUCGUCGAAUAUGAUUCUCCGGAAGUGCUUCUUAGCAAUUCAUCUAGCUCUUUCUACAGUAUGGCUAAGGACGCAGGUCUAGCUGCUUAAGAAAAAAAAAGAAUUCAUAUCACAUAAUCAUUUUUUAGCGGCUGUACGUUAUUCGUGAGCCAGAUGAGGUAAACGACACAAAGAAAGCCAUAGGUCAAAAAAACGCGUAGCCUCAGCAUAGAUUAAUUUGUAUAGUGAAAUAUUUCUAUGCAAAAGAAGCGAGAACGUUUAACGUAAUCGACGGUGCAAAAACUCUUGUCUCAGCAUUGUUGUUGCCAGAUUUUAUUCGAUGACUUUCCGAUUGUACCGUCGAUUACCGAACUUCGUAUAUUCUAGAAUAAGUUUUGUAGUGAAGUCUCUCUUCACGAAGCAAGCAAUGCGACACUUUUAAACUAGCGUCGAUAUCCAAUAUCUAACUUUAACUGGGUAAUCAGGUGGAUUCCUAUCUGAUCAAUAUGUUAUAACCAAUGAAUUAAUUUUCUCGAUGCACUUUACAUUAUA